AGUAUAUAAUACAUGUAACAUACAAAAUAUGUGUAACUCUACUGCUUAGGUUAUCAUUAAGGUUUCCAGUCAACAGUAGGGUAUUAGUAGUUAAGUUUUUGAGGAAUCAUGUUAUUUGUAAAUUUUCAACUGUGGGGGCAGGGGAUUGGAUCCCCUAACCCCUGCAUUAUUCAAGGGUCAACUGUAUGUAUGUGUAUUUUUUUAAGUAGUCUUCACACCCAGCGCGGAACCCAACGUGGGGCUGGAACUCGGGCCCUGAGAUCAAGACCUGAGCUGGGAUCCAGAGUGGGAUGCUUAACCAUCUGAGCCACCCAGGCACACAUUAGGGCACGGCGAUUAAUAACUACUUGUUGACUACUUGAAUGAAACAAUGAAUACCCCCAAGAACCACAUAUUCCUAUAUGAUUGGCGCGACGCGCCCCUAUGAAGAACAGCAACAAUUACUUCUUAAGGCCCCUGUUCCACGUACGCCAGUCGAUGCCGCAGUGUUUUCUGGGAAAGGUAGUUCUAAAGCCCGUCGUCUGGCCCCGGUCAAACUGAGCCCAAACUAAACUUCCCAGAAAGCAGCACACUAGCCUGGGAAGAGGGGCAAGAUGGCGGACGCUGAAGACGGUACUUUGCGACCCGCGGGAGCCUCUGCUGCCCCAAUUUCAUUCAGCUUCAGUCGCACGUCCGCCAGGAGACGGCUGGCGGAUCCGGGAGACGACGCGAGUGCGGCUCCGGAGGAGAAGGAUUUCUUAAAGACCGUGGAAGGGAGGGAGCUGCAGAGUGUGAAGCCCUCAGAAACCCCCAAGGAACUCAUCAUCCCUUUGAUCCAGAAUGGCCAUCGCAGGCAGCCACCGACCCAGGCUCCUGGGCCAUCCACAAACACUGAGGCCUUGGUGGAAGGGGUGCUGUCUCAAGCUGUAAAGGAGAUCAUUGAGGACUCCAAGAAGUCCCUGGAGGAGAGAGAAAAUUCGGGUAUCAACCCCAUGCUUGCUAUCCCCAUGAUCCAGAAAGGAUGCAUCCCUAACGGAGAAGGGGCAGACAGCGAUCCCCGAGCUGAGACAGUGCCGGAAGAAGCUGAUUAUGAGGCAGUCCCUGUAGAGGCCUAUGGGCUGGCCAUGUUACGAGGCAUGGGCUGGAAACCUGGCGAGGGCAUUGGCUGCACGUUCAAUCAAGUGGUAAAGCCCCGUGUCAACUCACUGAGACCAAAGGGGUUAGGGCUGGGUGCCAACCUGACUGAGGUCCAGGCCCUGGCCCCCACUGGCCCCCACCGCCUGCCAAAGCCAGAUGAGGAGCAAGAGAAGGAUAAGGAAGACCAGCCUCAAGGACUGGUGCCUGGGGGAGCUGUGGUGGUUCUUUCUGGCCCGCACCGAGGCCUCUAUGGGAAGGUAGAAGGCCUCGAUCCUGACAACGUUCGGGCCAUGGUUCGCCUGGCCGUGGGGAGCCGCAUGGUGACUGUUAGUGAGUACUACCUGCAACCUGUCUCACAGCAGGAGUUUGACAAGAAUUCCUUGGAUCUCAGCCAGAUGCGUAAAACUUCCUCAGUGCAACAGAAUGGAACAGCUUCGUCAUGGAAGGCCCUCCGGGAUCAGGACCUCCCCAGCCAGCAAGAGGACUCACAGAGGAAGCGAAAACACCUUCCUGACCGACAGGGGGAGCCUGCUGCCAAGAAUGAGAAGGCAGGUCCCAGGAGCCAGCACUGGUUGCACAGGGACCUACGCGUACGCUUUGUGGACAAGCUGCACAAGGGUGGCCAGUAUUACAACACCAAGAUGACGAUCGAAGAUGUCCUCAGCCCAGAUACCUGUGUGUGUCGAACAGAUCAAGGCCAGGUCCUGGAAGGCCUGAGGGAAGACAUGCUGGAGACCCUGGUCCCCAAGGUCCAAGGCAACCGGGUUAUGGUGGUGCUGGGGCCACAGGCUGGAAAGGUGGGCCGCCUGCUGGACUGGGACAGAGAACGGAGCCGGGCUGUGGUGCAGCUGCAGAGAGAGAAUCAGCUGGUGGAACUUCACUAUGAUGCUGUGUGCCAGUACCUGGGCCCCAGUGACUCAGAUGAAGACUGACCCAUGGCCCCGCUCCCACCCCCAAUGCUGCCGCCUGCUCUGUACGGUGUGGAAAGCCAGUCUUCACAAAGGUGGGGAGGUCAUUGUUCCAUCCUCCACUUGCACCUCAGCCCCAGGACCAGGACAGGGACAGGGCAUAAGAUAGAUGGGCCUGAAGGGAGGCUCGAAACAAACCUGGUAUUCUCCAGAAGCUAGAGUGUAAUAAAAAUCAUUUCAAAAACUCAGUAAAAUGACAAGAUCGUAAGUGUGUGCUGAGCUGAGUAGAAGCGGGAGCUGAGCUGACGGAGGUGGGAGCUGUUCCAGGCUUCAGCCCCACCUCCCUGCAUGGGCUGACAGACAAGUUCAAGGAUCUGUCUGCUUACAAGUUCAUUCUUGGAAUACAGAAGCUACGAAGUGUGUCCCCUGAGCAGACGCUAUGGAGUCUGGAGUGCCACAUCUCUGUACAACUUCCUGAGGAAGAAUCCUAGUGGUGGCUCUACUUUUUACUCUUGGGCCAGACCAGACAUCCAGAGGAUAUCUUGAGCCAGUGAUGAGAGUCCAGAGGAAGGGAGGCUUCUACCCACAAAUGGGAUGUGUUUGCACUAUUUCCCAGAGGAGUCAGUUAAUUUCAGGGCCCCUGUUUUAGUCCCCAAACUUUGGCUAGAAGGUAAAAAAAAGUUUUGUCCCAGGUAGGAUUUCUCUGAUCCAGGUAACUGGACUCUCAAAAAGGUUAUUGUCAGACAGCCCUCAAACUUUUUCCCAUUUAAUGGGCUGAGAUCCAAAAUCGACAAGGGAAGCAAGAGCUUUAGGUCCAAUUGCUUCUAAGUCAUCCCCAAAUGCAAACUGGUGCAGCCAUUCUGGAAAAUAGUUUGGAGGUUCCUCAAAAAAUUAAAAAUAGAACUACCCUAUGACCCAGCAAUUGCACUACUAGGCAUUUAUCCAAGGGAUACAGGUGUGCUGUUUCAAAGGGACACAUGCACCCCCAUGUUUAUAGCAGCGCUAUCAACAAUAGCCAAAGUAAGAAAAGAGCCCAAAUGUCCAUCGACGGAUGAAUGGAUAAAGAAGAUGUGGUAUAUAUAUAUACAAUGGAAUAUUACUCGGCGAUCAGAAAGAAUGAAAUGUUGCCAUUUGCAACUAUGUGAAUGGAACUAGAGGGUAUUAUGCUAAGUGAAAUUAGUCAGAGAAGGAUAAAUAUAUGAUUUCACUCAUAUGUGGAAUUUAAGAAACAGAUGACCAUAGUGGUAGGGAAGGAAAAAUAGAUAAAAACAGAAGGAGGCAAACCAUAAGAGACUCUUAAAUACAGAGAACAAACUGAGGGUUGCUGGUGGGGUGUUGGGUGGGGGGGGUGGGCUAAAUGGGUAAUGGGCAUUAAGGAGGGCACUUGGAAUGAUGAGCACUGGGUAUUCUCUAUAACUGAUGAAUCACUAAAUCUACUCCUGAAACCAAUACUAUACUAUAUGUUAACUAACUUGAAUUUGUUUUAAAAAGAUGAUAUAACUGUUAUAAAUAUAUACACCCGAAAUCAGAGUACCUACGUAUAUAAAGAAAAUAUUGAUAUAUAUGAAGGUAAAAAUAGUUUUAUUACACUAUAUGUUAACUAACUUGGAUUUAGAUAAAAUUAAAACUACAAAAUAAAAAAACAAUAAAUCAUCCCUAGUCGCUAAGUUAUUGAUGUAAUAAAUGCUAUUUGAGUUAGAUCUAGACCACUGGUAUGAACUCCUGACCUGUCAGGACAUGGCCCAGUGCUGUAGAAUUUUUUGAAAAAAAUAAUUGAAUUAUCACAUUAAAAUUAUUACAACUCUUUUUUAUCUGAUUAAAUCUUUUGAAAAUUUUAAUUGUUGAAUACAUGUUAUCAUACAUACAUACAAUGUUAUCUUAGUUUCAGGUGUACAACGUCAAGUGAUUGAACAAUUCUAAUACAUUACUCCAUGCUCACUAAGAAAAGUGUAGCUACCAUCUGUCACCAUACAACAUUAUUACAACAUUAUUGACUCCAUUCCCUAUGGUGUACUCCUCGUCUCCCUGACAUUUUUUUUUUUUUGAUAACUGGGAGUUUGUACCUCUUAAUCCCCUACACCUAUUUCACCCAUCCCCUUCCUCUUUGGCAACUACCACUAGAGCAGGGCGAUAAAGGUAAGCUACUGUCUCUGCCCAGCAGAGGCAGAAUGCUGUUUAGAGCCAAAAUGAGCAGGUAUAGAAAAACAGUUGGCCAAAUCAAUGGCCAUAUGCUGAGUAAGGUAAGGGGAUGAUUGGAAGACCUUCCAGUAUCAUAACCCCAGUGUGAAGUACAAUUGCACAGGGGCGCCUGGGUGGCUCAGUCAGUUAAGUGUCUGACUUUGUUGGCUCAGGUCAUGAUCUUGUGGUUUAUGGGUUCGAGCCCUGCGUUAAGCUCUGUGCUGA